AUGGGUCUCCAAGGCAAAUCCCAGACUUGCGCAGCCAAGCUCCUGCGCGGAGUCGGCGUCGCGGUCAUGGGCUCCGUCAAACGCUCGCAUCCGGACGAAGUUGCACGGUGGCCGUCGCGGGAUGAAGGGCGCACGAUCAAAGUCCACAUCUACCGGCCUCCAGCCGAGUCAGCCCAAACCCCAACCCCGGUUCUCGUCAACAUGUGCGGCAGCGGGUUCAUCCUCGACGGUCACGGCACCGACGACGAGUACUGCCGGUUCAUCGCCUCCCACACGUCUUACACGGUCGUGGACUUACAGUACCGCCUGGCGCCCGAGCAUCCGUUUCCCGCAGCCUUCCACGACGUCGAGGACGCAGUCCGGUAUAUCCAACAACAUCCGCAACAGUUCGACCGGGCGCGCCUCGCGCUCUCCGGGUUCAGCGCGGGCGCCAACCUCGCCCUGGCCGUCUCGGCCGUCAGCGACAUCCCGCGCGAAGCCAUCCACGCCACCGUCGUCUUCUACCCGUCGUGUGACCUGGCCGAGGAUUUCGCCGACAAGGCCGCCCCCGACAACAGCAGCCGGCUCAAGAUGCCGGCCGGCCUCUCGCGCUUCUUCCAUCGCUGCUACUUCCCUGCCAGCGACGAGGAUGCCGAUGACCCGCGGAUCUCGCCCGCGUUUGCCGCGCCGGAACGAUUUCCCGACAAUCUCGCUGCCAUCACGGCAGCCCAGGACCCCUAUGCCCCGGAGAUGGAGAGGCUUGCGGAGGCCGUCGACGCAUUACCGGGACGGAGGGUCGUGCUCAAGCGCAUGGAGCACUGUCCACAUGGGUGGGACAAGCGGGCCAAGGAAGGGACGGUGGGAGCGGAGGCCAAGCAAGAGGCAUAUGAGCUGGUGGCGCAGUUUUUGGGCUCAAUAUAG